CUGCUAAAAGUAGCCAGCGAGCGAUCAACUCGGAAUGAGGGCUCAAACCUUAUUGUGUCUAGCAGGAAACCUAUUUGACCCACGCAUAGCUGCAAUGAACUGCAAAAGAAACCUACAUGGAAAUAAUAUGCAUUUCUCUAGCAUCCAUAAGAAAUAAUGGGGACAGAAUUAGUACGAUGGGGUAUAGACGGGUCCAAAGGAGCCAGUGUACUUUAAAUUUCUUCAACUGGGUGUGCUGGCACCUCCCCUCUAUGCCGCCUCCCACAGCUCAGUUUAGAAAAGUGCCCUCAGGAGAGGGUGCACACUUCUAACUCAAGAGUUUUUCUUCAAUUACUUUUAAAGUUUUGCUUAUUUCAGUAUGCUGUUUGGGCAACAGCAUACCUGCACCGUGGGAGUUAGGGGGGUGGUCACCGGCCUCUUGAGGUGCAGAGCUGCUUUCCCGCUGCAGGACCACUGUCCUGAGGGGCUGUUUGUUCAGCGGGGCAUGACGCCUUGGCUGUCGCAGCAUGCCGUACUCCCCUAACGCUUCCUGAAGGUGAGUACCAACCGGGGGCCCCACUAGGUGCGUCCCCCGGUUUACUGUGCGGCAAAAAGCACAGGUGUGGCGACCGGGUCCCUCCUGGGGGGGAUCCACUAUAGCCCCUGCGUGAGACUGGCUAAUUUAGGGUAAACCAAGCAUUUAUGUAAGGUUUUACAACUUGGGAGACAUGGCCAGUAUAAAUAUACAGAGGUAGCUCUGGCGCCAUGGCGGGGGGCGGAGCUACACGAGAGCAGGCUCAGUGGCAUUUUGGCACCUUCCUCUGCAUAGCAGCAGCAGCAGCCUCCACAGCUCCUCCAAACAGUCCCUGGGCUAAUCAAAUUAAGGAAGGUCUCUCGGGUGAUAUGACCUUAGUUAAUGCUGUUACUCUACUGACUCGCAUUCAGGACAUUGCAAGAGUCCUCUGUGACGCCCUUAAAGAGAUUGGCAAUAUUCAUCCUAGAGGAUGCUGGUGUUCCAUUUAGUACCAUGGGGUGUAGACUGGUCCCUUGGGAGCCAUGGGCACUUUAAGAGUUUGAGAGUAUGGGCUGGCUCCUCCCUCUAUGCCCCUCCUACCAGACUCAGUUUAGAAAAUGUGCCUGGAGGAGCCGGUCACAGGGGAGCUCCUAAGAGUUUUUCUGGUUUUAUUGUUUUUCUAAGAGUGUUAGGUACCGGAGAGUAGGAACCAACUCUAGAAGUUAAUGGUUCUAUAUCUCUGCUGACAGGACGCUGAGCUCCUGAGGGUGCUGAUCACAAGGCGACCACUCACUCCCGCAGCAUGGCCGCCAACCCCUAACAGAGCCAGAAGAAAGAAGAGUGGAUUCUACUGGCUUCACGGCUGGAUGCCAUGAAGGAGAUUGGCCUGCCUAACGCAGGGACCACUGCUCUGGCAGUUUCGACACGCAGGGGACGGUGGCUACACCAAUGGUCUGCAGAUACAGAAUCCAAGAAAGGUAUGGUGAGUCAGCCCUUCACGGGUGAGGCCCUGUUGGGAUGCUCGGGAUACGUGAAUACCCGAGCUAACUGCGGGUAAGUGGACAUAUCUUCCUUCCGCAGCUGCACAGACCAGGAACUUAGAGCCUACACCUAUACUGCAAUCCCUUCAAACCGCAAUGUUUACACACCAAUCCAAGGGUUCCUACACUUCCUUUAGAGGACGGUGGGGAAAUUUCUGAAAACCUGCUCCGCCAGGUUCCUAGGAACGGAUUUCGGUUUCGGUGUUCUCAAAACCUUCGUUUUGACGAUGGACCUCACUGCCUCGGGAUCAAGCAGGUGGGAGAGAGACUAAAAAGAUUUAGGUAAAACAUCUAGGCGAUAUCCUGCCUAGUCCCCUGGGAAAUGUUGAGCUGCCCAGGGGUGCAGACUGGAGUUUCUGGUACUCCCGCCUCACAGAUUCUUCAAAUCAGGCUUACUAGCUUCUCAGGCUGAAAGUACAAUACUGCUGGAAGCUAUUCUACAAUUUGUCAAACAAAUGUCAUUAUUCCUGUUCCACCUCAUUUACGUAACAGGGGUUGCUAUUCAAACCUAAGGUCAUUGAACCUCUACUGGUGGAUGUUCAAUUCAGGAUGCAGUCUGAGAGUGGUGAUCUCUGGUCGAGAGACAGGGGAAUUCCUGGUAUCCCGUGAUGUCAGGGGUGCGUACCUUCACAUUACAAUCUGGCCGCCUCUCUAGACCUAUCUAAGGUUGCACUACAACUAUAUCACUUCCAGUUCCAAACACUGCACUUGGCUUCUACGCAACACCGGGGGUGUUCAUCAAGGCCAUGGCGGCGAUUGUGCUCCUACUCCACAGACCAGGAGUGGACAUAAUUCCAUAUCUGGAUGACCUUAACAUCCUCCAGGGAGAUGUUGUUAGAGUGUUGCUCUCUCAAAUCACCUGUCUUGGGUGGAUCCUGAAGCUUCCAAUUUCACAUUUGGAACUGACAAGGAGGUGUUCCUUCCUGGAGAUGAUUCUCGACGUGGAAGUGCAGAGGGUGUUUCUACCGGUGGAGAAAGCAUUGGUGAUCCAAUCAAUGGUCCGGGAUGUCCUGAAGCCAGCCCGGGUAUCGGUUCAUCAGUGCAUUCCCCUUAUGGGGAAGAUGGUUGCCUCCUACGAGGCUCGACAGUAUGGAAGGUUUCUUGCAUGGUCUUUCCAACUUGUUCUACUAGUCAAAUGGUAGGGAUUUCAUCUUCACAUGCACCAGCAAAUACGCCUGUUGCCGAAAACCAGAAUUUCAUUCCUCUGGUGUCUGCAAACUUCUUCUUCUCUCGACAGAGGUUGGGGAGCGGUCACCAAAGGGGAAAACUUCUAAGGAAAGUGGUCGUCUGGAAUCCAUCAUUCCGAUAAACAUUCUUGAGCUUAAGGGCCGGGUUCAACGGCCUUCUACUAGCGGCACAUCUUCAAGAUCAGGCCAUUCAGGUUAAGUCUGACAACGUAAUGGCGGUGUCCUACAUAAACUGACAGGAUGGAACGAAGAGCAGAGCUGUAAUGUCAGAGGUGAGGCAGGGCAUAAACCUCGUUUUCUGGCAAAAAUAUGUAUAUACAGCUGGGCACUGUAUAUAUAAAGAGCCCCAGCCAGGUUUUUUUACAUAUUUGAGCGGGACAGAAGCCUGCCGCUGAGGGGGCGGGGCUUCUUCCUCAGCACUCACCAGCGCCAUUUUCUCCACGGCACAGCGCUGAGAGGAAGCUCCCCGAACUCUCCCCUGCUUAUCCAUGGUGAAAGAGGGGGGGGGGGGCGGCACAUAUUUGGCGCAAUAUACAGAUUACAGCGCUAUCUAGGUAAUCAUAUUGUGUUUUUUGCUGGGUCAUAUAGCGCUGGGUGUGUGCUGGCAUUCUCUCUCUCUCUCUCUCUCUCUCUCUCUCUCUCUCUCUCUCUCUCUCUCUCUCUCUCUCUCUCUCUCUCUCCAAAGGGCCUUGUGGGGGAACGGUCUUCAGAUAAGAGGAUUCCCUGAGUGUGUGGUGUCGGUACGCGUGUGUCGACAUGUCUGAGGUAGAAGGCUUUCCGGGGGAGGAGGAGGAGAAAAUGAAUGUGGUCUCUCCGUCGACAACGCCAACACCUGCCUGGAUGGAUAUGUGGAAUGUUUUAAGUGCUAAUGUAAAUUUAUUGCACAAAAGAUUAGACAAAGCGGAAGCUAGGGAACAGCCAGGGAAUCAACCCAUGUCUGUCUCUGUCGCAGGGACCUUCGGGGUCUCAAAAGCGCCCACUAUCCCAAAUAGUAGACACAGAUACCGACACGGAUUCUGACUCCAGUGUCGACUACGAUGAUGCAAAGUUACAGCCAAAACUGGCUAAAUGUACUCGAUAUAUGAUUAUUGCAAUAAAAGAUGUUUUGCAUAUCACAGAGGAACCCCCUGUCCCUGACACGAGGGUACACAUGUAUAAGGAAAAGAAACCUGACCUUUCCGCCCUCACAUGAGCUGAAUGAGUUAUGUGAAAAAGCUUGGGAAUCUCCAGACAAAAAACUGCAGAUUCCCAAAAAGGAUUCUUAUGGCGUAUCCUUUCCCGCCAAAGGACAGGAUACGGUGGGAAUCCUCCCCUAGGGUGGACAAAGCGUUGUCACGCUUAUCCAAGAAGGUAGUGCUGCCAUCCCAGGAUACGGCUACCCUCAGGGAUCCUGCUGAUCGCAAGCAGGAGGUUACCUUGAAGUCCAUUUACACGCAUUUGGGUACCUUACUCAGACCGGCUAUUGCGUCGGCCUGGGUGUGUAGCGCUGUAGCAGCAUGGACGGAUACCUUAUCAGCGGAAAUUGAAACCCUGGAUAAGGAUACCAUCUUAUUGACCCUAGGACAUAGAAAAGAUGCUGUCUUGUAUAUGAGGGAUGCUCAAAGAGACAUUGGUCUAUUGGGUUCUAGAAUCAACGCUAUGUCGAUUUUCUGCUAGACGAGUCCUAUGGACCCGGCAAUUGACAGGUGAUGCCGACUCAAAAAGGCAUAUGGAGGUUUUACCUUACAAGGGUGAUGAAUUGUUUGGAGAAGGUCUCUCGGACUUGGUCUCCACAGCUACAGUUGGUAAAUCCAAUUUUUUGCCUUAUAUUCCCUCACAGCCUAAGAAAGCGCCACAUUAUCCGAUGCAGUCCUUUCGGUCACAGAGAAACAAAGUACGAGGUGCGUCCCUUCUUGCCAGAGGUAAGAGCAGAGGAAAGAAGCUGCACAACACAGCUAGUUCCCAGGAACAGAAGUCCUCCCCGGCCUCUACAAAAUCCACCGCAUGACGCUGGGGCUCCACUACGGGAGUCCACCCCAGUGGGGGCACGUCUUCGACUUUUCAGCCACAUCUGGGUUCACUCACAGGUGGAUCCCUGGGCAGUAGAAAUUGUUUCUCAGGGUUACAAGAUGGAAUUCGAAGAGGUGCCUCCUGCCGGUUUUUCAAAUUGGCCCUGCCAGCUUCUCCCUCAGAAAGGGAGUUAGUGUUAAAUGCAAUUCACAAAUUGUAUCUUCAACAGGUGGUGGUCAAGGUUCCCCUACUGCAACAAGGGAGUGGAUAUUACUCAACCCUGUUUGUAGUCUCGAAACCAGACGGUUCGGUCAGACCCAUUUUAAAUUUAAAAUCCCUGAACCUAUACUUGAAAAGGUUCAAGUUCAAGAUGGAAUCACUCAGAGCGGUCAUCGCCAGCCUGGAAGGGGGGGAUUUAAUGGUAUCCCUAGACAUAAAGGAUGCAUACCUUCAUGUUCCAAUAUAUCCACCUCAUCAGGCGUACCUGAGAUUUGCGGUACAGGAUUGUCAUUACCAAUUUCAGACGUUGCCGUUUGGGCUUUCCACGGCCCCGAGGAUUUUCACCAAGGUAAUGGCGGAAAUGAUGGUGCUCCUGCGCAAGCAGGGGGUCACAAUUAUCCCGUACUUGGACGAUCUCCUCAUAAAAGCGAGAUCAAGAGAGCAGUUGCUGAGCAGCGUGUCACUUUCACUGAGAGUGUUACAGCAACACGGCUGGAUUCUCAAUAUCCCGAAGUCGCAGCUGGUUCCUACGACUCGUCUGACCUUCUUGGGCAUGAUUCUGGAUACGGACCAGAAAAGGGUUUAUCUUCCAACGGAAAAGGCUCAAGAACUCAUGACUCUGGUCAGGAACCUGUUGAAACCAAAACAGGUGUCAGUGCAUCACUGCACUCUAGUCCUGGGAAAGAUGGUGGCAUCUUACGAGGCCAUUCUGUUCGGCAGGUUCCAUGCGAGGACCUUCCAAUGGGACCUACUGGACAAGUGGUCCGGGUCACAUCUACAGAUUCAUCGGUUGAUCACGCUGUCCCCCCAGGGCCAGGGUAUCUCUCCUGUGGUGGCUGCAGAGUGCUCACCUUCUAGAGGGCCGCAGGUUCGGCAUUCAGGACUGGGUUCUGGUGACCACGGACGCGAGCCUCCGAGGUUGGGGAGCAGUCACACAAGGAAGAAACUUCCAGGGUCUUUGGUCAAGUCAAGAAACUUGUCUUCACAUCAACGUCCUGGAGCUGAGGGCCAUAUACAACGCGCUUCGUCAAGCGGAGACCUUGCUUCGCGACUUACCAGUUCUGAUCCAGUCAGACAACAUCACCGCAGUGGCUCAUGUAAACCGCCAGGGCGGCACAAGGAGCAGAGUGGCAAUGGCGGAAGCCACCAGGAUUCUUCGCUGGGCGGAAAAUCGUGUAAGCGCACUGUCAGCAGUGUUCAUUCCGGGAGUGGACAACUGGGAAGCAGACUUCCUCAGCAGACAUGACCUGCAUCCAGGAGAGUGGGGACUUCAUCAGGAAGUCUUCGCACAGAUUGCAAGUCAGUGGGGACUGCCCCAGAUAGACAUGAUGGCAUCCCGCCUCAACAAAAAGCUGCAGAGGUAUUGCGCCAGGUCAAGAGACCCUCAGGCGGUAGCUGUGGACGCCCUAGUGACACCGUGGGUGUUCCAGUCGGUCUAUGUGUUUCCUCCUCUUCCUCUCAUCCCAAAGGUGUUGAGAAUAAGAAGAAAAAGAGGAGUACAGACAAUUCUCAUUGUUCCAGAUUGUCCACGAAGGGCCUGGUAUCCAGAUCUGCAGGAGAUGCUCACAGAAGAUCCGUGGCCUCUUCCUCUAAGACAGGACCUGUUGCAACAGGGGCCCUGUCUGUUCCAAGAUCUAAUGCGGCUGCGUUUGACGGCAUGGCGGUUGAACACCGGAUCCUAGCGGAAAAGGACAUUCCGGAUGAGGUCAUUCCUACUCUGAUAAAGGCUAUUAAGGACGUGACCGUUAAACAUUAUCACCGUAUAUGGCGAAAAUGUUUCUUGGUGUGAGGCCAGGAAUGCUCCUACGGAAGAAUUCCAUCUGGGCCGUUUUCUUUCACUUCCUACAGACUGGAGUGAAUUUGGGCCUAAAAUUAGGCUCCAUUAAGGUUCAGAUUUUGGCCUUAUCCAUUUUCUUUCAAAAAGAAUUGGCUUCUCUCCCAGAAGUACAGACUUUUGUGAAGGGAGUGCUGCAUAUUCAGCCUCCUUUUGUACCUCCGGU